UGACAAUCACUGUGUCAGUCUGUCAGUCUCUCGCUUUCUCUCUGCAGAGUUACUGUCUUGCAGGACACAGAGAAACACAAGCACACUCGAGUCUGAUGAUUCGUCAAAAACACUAGCAGGAAAUUAUGGCAUCAGUUGAGGGAUUGACCUGCCAGAGUGGUUGUGGCAUUCAGCUGGUGUCUAAAAAAGGCCAUCUCUCGCGCACACCUGCCCUCCAUCUGUUACCCACACAUGCUGAGGACUCUUUAGCACGCUUUACACUCUCCUCUUCCUCCUCCUCUUCCACCUCCAUGCCGGAUCAGACCAGAGUCACUCCACAACCCUUAGAGAGAGAGAGGGAGGCUGAGAAUUUGCCCCCAAGACGCCCUCUCAAACUUGCUCCCUUGGAGCUCCUCCUAGAGGUGAGAGAGUCACAGCGACAGAAAAUCAAAAGUGUCCAACAAGAUGGCAAAGCGACAAAGUCAGACACAAGAAGGGGGAAAACUCGUGGGAAGAACGGACCAACUAAGUCACCAGAACAUUCACCACUGAGUACCAUUGUAGAGCCCCACAAAACCCCAAAGAGAACAACCGGACCAUUUCUAAACCCUGUCAAUCAAGCCAAGCUUGGCUCUGAUAGGUCAAUGGCAGGACAUGGGCAAGCAAAUCCCACUGUCCCACUGUCUCAUCCCCCAUCCCUCUGCCAAAGCAGACAAACACAAGUCCAGUCGGCGCAUGCCCAAUCAGAGCGUGACUUUGGCCAAUCAGCUGUCCCCUCUAAGAACCAGGAUGCAGUGAAGAGGCGUAUAAGGUUGCAAAGGACCCAGCGGCUUGAAGAGGAUCAGAGCAAAUCCAGCUCAUCAGCAGGUGGAUUAUCUGCUGACGAGGGUAAAAUAGUCUCAGCUGGUCCUGGCAAGGGUCAAUGCACCGCAGAAAAGGCCCUCAUAGAGGCCAGCUGUUUUCUGGAAAAGGCAUCAUGGAGGAACCCGCAGGAACCUGCUGAGAUGGAGUCAGUAGGUAAAGCUGGGAGAUGGAUGGUUGUUAAUGGCAUUCAGGAAGUCGUACUUUGACACUUUGACCCAAAGGAAGUUCAGCACGUGGUUGGAGAUUCAAACAUGGCAAUAUGACAACAAAAAGGGUCUUCGCUCUUGUACCUCUCUUGGGUUUAGUGUGGAAAACAGCUCUGAUGAAGCCAGCAGUAAUGUAGAAAACAGCACAAUGCUCCAGAACCAAAUAUUAUAUGAACAUUAUAAUAAUAUAACAUUAUAGGAGAAUAUUAUAAAAUGUUCUUGCUAAGAUGGGUUUUAGAUUUCAGAUAUUUUUGCCAAAAAUAGCCCAAAAUAAAAUGCCACCUUGCCCUCGUUUAUGAAAGAAAUGUUUCGUGUUCAAUACAAGUUAUGCUCAAUCAACAGCAUUUGUGGCAUAAUACUGAUUAUCACAAAAAAAUAAUUUACACUUGUCCCUCCUCUUUAAAAAAAUAAAUAAAAAAACAGAAUUUGAGGAUACACUAUGGCACUUACAAUAGAAGUGAAUGGGGCCAAUUCAUAAAGUUUCAAAAGUAUAGCCACAAGACAUAAACGAUAUGUGUGUUAACAUGAUUUUAGUGUGAUAAACAUUUUCUGUGUAAAGUUAUAUCCAAUUUUAAAACUCGUCGCUAUAAAGAUGUAAUGCUGUAUACCCAGUAAUCCUGGUAAACAACUUUACAGCUCAAGUAAUACACAUGUUUUAACAGUAGAAUUAAUGUAAGUUCUUUUAUAAAAUUAGAAACUUCACAUUUCUGCCUUUAAACCUUCCAAAAAUUGGCCUCAUUCACUUCCAUUGUAAAUGCCUCAAUGUAACCUAGAUUUGUGCUUUUUUUUUUUUAAAGGAAGUCAGAAUUAUUUUUUGUGGUUAUCAACGUUAUGCUGUUGAUUGAACUUAACUUGUUUGAACCUGGAAUAUUCCUUUUUUUUUUAUUUCACAGUAAGACACUUACAAUGGAAAAAAAUGGGACUAGUCCAUAAACAUUAAAAUACACACUGUGUAAAAAGUAAUGAUACAAAAGUUAACGUGAUUUAAGUGUGUUAAAAUUGCUUACAGGGUUUACCGGCAUUGCAUUAUAUGGUAACACGUUCCAUUUGUUAACAUUAGUUAACAACAUCAGUUAACAUGAACUAACAAUGAACAAUACUUAUUAAGCAUUUAUUAAUCUUAGUUAAUGUUAAUUUUAACAUAUCCUAAUACAUUUUUUAAAUCAAAAGUUGUAUUUGUUAACAUUAGUUAUUGCACUAUGAACUAACGUGAACUAACAAUGAACAAUUGUAUUUUUAUUAACGAACAUUAACAAAGAUUAAUGAAUGCAGUAACACAUAUAUUGUUAAUUGUUUAUUCAUGAUAACUAAUGCAUUAACUAAUGUUAACAAAUGGAACAUUGUAAAGUGUUACCCAUUAUACUGUAUGUAACUUUACACAGAUAUGGUUAGUAAAUGAUAUUAUUUCUCUAAAAUCAUGUUAGCAUCUAUUAGGUUUAUAUCUUGUGGCUAUACUUUUAAACUGUAUAUUUUAACAAUAUUUUAACAUUUAUGGACUAGCCCCAUUCACAUUUUUAAAUAAAAAAGGGACGAGUUGAAAAUAGAUUUUAUGGUAAUCAACAUUAUGUCACAAAGGCUGUCGAUUAAACUUAUCAAAACAGGUAUUGAACCUGGAAUAUUCCUUUGGGACAAGCUGAGUUCAGGUAUGGUUCUUUAAGAAUCAACUUUGUCUCAGAUCUUUCUCCUAAAGUUCUUUAGGUAGAAUAAAAUAAGCAGGUUGACAUUAAGAGUAAAGAGCAAUCAAAUGUAUGUUGAUAGUAUAGCAAAGAUAAUUAUGUUUUGGAAGAAUUUGAUGAGAAAUGUUUUUAUUGAGAUCUCUGACUUUUGAUUGCAGACAUUGGUACCCUGGCAAAUCUUCUGAAACUCUAAAGGAGACACGUGAGAUUACUGACGUCUUUUUCUCAGGAUAAACAUCCAAGAAGCAGGAGACCUAAGCAAAAAUCGUAUUUUGUUCCCCACUACUGUGUCAAUGCUGUCUAGAAGAAAUAAUUGUAAUAAUAAAGAGAGAUAUUAUGUGUCAUUUGUACUGAAUUUUGUCUUUCCUAUGGGUCAAUAACAUUUUUAAUAAUUACUUGUGUAUUUAUUGUAUUUAUUUAUUUUUUCACAAUAAAUGCUUGAAAUUUGCUUAGGCUGACACAUUCCGAGUUUAGAAGAAGUAAACAAGGGUGUAGAUUCCAGGGGGGGAUUGGGGGUAAUAAGACACGUUCGAAUUGGAUGUAAAAUAGCCCAUAAACACACAUCUGUGACCGUACAUUAUUUGAAUUGUAUAUACUGAUAAUGGCAAGUUCUUUCCACAGAAGAAAGAAAGACAAGUUUGGAACAACAUUGUGGCGAGUAAAUGAUGACAUUUACUACUAAUCAUUUUGGGUGAACUAUCCCUUUAAGACCUUUUUAAACAAACUGUGACCUUCACACCAACAACUUCUCAUAUACUCAGUGAAGUCACUUUUCCUCCUAGUCACUCUUCUUUCACACUUGCAUCUGUGCCAAACCAUCAGUUGUCCAGUCUUGGACUUUGCCCUGUGCUAAAGUUAGCAUGGCCUCCAGCAACACUUGACCCCUUACAAAGGUAGAGGAUGGAAAUAGAUCCAUGAGACUUGCUUUCUUUUCAACAAGAUGAAGCAUGAGAAGGUACAUCCUGUACCAUUUUACAGUCAGAUGUUUAUUGCUGUGUGGUACCGUACAGUUGUUGAUAUGUUUUAUUGUGCAUAAAUAAAGAUGGGAUGUA